AUGUCAAACAUGGAGUGUGGAAGGGGGCUCCUUCAUGGAAGGUGGCCGAACUCAUCACAUAUACUUUUUCAACACGGAGAAGAACUGUCUUUCACAACAAGUUCGUUCCAACCAGCCCCCCUCCAGCCUCGACGCGCCUGUCUGUCAUCAUACGGCACAGAAACAGAACCCCCAACCACGACCGGCGACCGCGCACCGCCCGGCCCAGAUCCCCGCCCGCCGGCAGCGACCAUGGCGACGGCCAAGGCCGCCGGCGACGAGCCGGCCCUCGGCAUCCCGUACAACCCGGCGCAGGCCCAGGGCAGCUACUACUACCCGCCGGACCCCUACGCGGCGGGGCGGGUGCCGCCGAACGCGAUCUACGCCGGCGCGCCCAAGGGGGUGCCCCUGCAGCACACCAUGUUCCGCGACACGCCCGCCCCCUUCCACUGCCAGUCCUGCGGCGACGCCGCCGUCACCUCCGUCCGGUCAGGAACCAACCCCUAA